UGUAGUUUGUUGGAACUUUUCAGAUCAAGACGAAGUUAUUGUAUCAUCGGUGAGUCAGACUUCCUUCGUUGCCCCUUUUUUCUGUUUUUUUUUUGUGGUUUCAGCUCCAAAUCGAGAUGAUUCAAUUUGGUUUGCUUCUGCUCUUGUGUCAUGUUGCAUCUACAGUGAUACACUCCCUGAAGCAUGUCUACACUGCAUCCUCUGAGGUCCCAAAUUAUCCCAACUUUGUGGCCGUUGUGUUUGUUGAUGGAACUCAAACAGAUUACUACGACAGCAUCACUAAGAAAACAGUACCGACACAAGCCUGGAUGAACCAAGUCACAGCCUACGACUCAGAGUACUGGAAGAGACAAACUUCAUACUGGGAAGGUCAAGAGGAGGCAGGAAGAGUCAACAUCGAGAUUUUAAAGAGCCGAUUUAACCAAAGUAAAGGCAUCCAGGUUAUCCAGGUGUUGAAUGGCUGUGAAUGGGACGAUGAAACUGGUGAUGUUAAUGGUUUUGGUCUAAUUAGUUAUAAUGGAGAAGACAUCUUAAUAUUGGACAUGAAGGCACAGAGAUGGAUUGCUACAAAGCCACAGCUUCUUAGAAGCCAGCAUAAGUGGAAUAAUGACAAAAGUUGGUUAGAAUUCAUGGAGCACCGUUUGACCAAGGAGUGUCCUGUGAGGCUGCAGAACAGUUUGGACUACGGGAAGAGCACUUUUCAGAGAACAGACCUUCCCUCAGUGUCUCUCCUCCAGAAGACUCCCUUGUCUCCAGUCAGCUGCCAUGCCACCGGUUUCUACCCUGACAGAGCCGUGAUAUUUUGGAGCAGAGAUGGAGAGGAGCUUCAUGAACAUGUCGACCACGGUGAGCUCCUCCACAACCAUGAUGAGACCUUCCAGAUAAGCGUGGACCUGGAUCUUUCAGUGGUCGAACCUGACGACUGGUGGAGGUACAAGUGUGUUUUUCAGCUCUCCGGUGUUGAGGAUGACAUCGUCACCAAGCUGGACCCAGCAGUUAUCAAGACCAACUGGGGUUAGUAAGGACGAGUAGAAAACCUCGCUUUGUCUGAUGUUUAAUUCAUUUGUUUCUUUUUUGUAUUGACUGAACAAUUUUAGAUACAUCAGCAUUGCUCACCUCUAUGACAAACAUAUAAUGCCAAUUCAGAAUCAGUAAUGAAGAGAGAGUAACUACCUACAUGUACUGUAUUUCAAGGAAUAGUUUGACACUUUGGGUGGCUGUGGCUCAGAGGCAGAGCGUGGUUCCCCCAAUCGGAAG